AUGAGCAACACCACUGUUGAUCUCGUUGGAAGCACCUCCUGGAACGGAGCUGAUGCCUACGAUCCAGGUGAAGAGUUACACGAUCGAGCCCUAGCAGUUCUCGACAAGCUCAAUUGUAAUCACCUCUUAUCCGUUUCUGAGGCCCUCAAAAAUGGAGUCCCUUGCACUUUCAGCCAAAACUUCUCCAUCGGCCACUUCAACAUGGUUCGCCGCAUUGGCUUCACCGACGGCACUAGCUGGAUUGCCAGGGUGAGACUGCCAGAGCUCCGCACAGUUUUCGGCGGCCGUGAAGCCCUCAAUAUAGCCAGAACUCUCAGGGUCGAGGUUACCGGCAUGAAGUUCUUCAACGCCGAUACAAGCAACCAAGUUGGCUCUCUAUACAUCCUCAUGGAUUACAUUCACGGAACUGUUGCUACAGAAUUGAGAGAUACAAACGAAUGUGAGGGUGGACUCUUCGGCACGCCAGACCAAGAUCGGCAUUUCAGGAUGCAAAUGGCUGAUAUCCAAGCAACGGUAUCUUCCUUCAAACUCCAUGAGAUCGGGAGCCUCUAUUAUGAUGAAAAGACUUCCGACUUCUUCAUCGGCCCAGAGACAGAGACAGAGACCGGCAAGGGACCUUGGAAUUCUGCUCUGGAGUAUUACGAUGAUCUCUCAAACCACGCUCUUCAAAAACCCGACAAAGAGUCUUUCAGCCUUGUGAAUCGCGACUUCGGAGCCCACAACCUCCUGGUGGAUGAUAAAUUCCAGAUCGUCGGGGUCAUCGACUUUGACGGCGUCAUGGCGGCCCUUAUAAAAGUUGUCGCCCAGUACCCAGUCUUAACGAGACUGAACCGAGAGCCACCUGGGUGUGUUGAGACGAGACCCGCAGCAAUUGAGCGCAUCGAGAGGACGAAGCCGAAGCUCAAGGAAUACAAGGAGAUGCUGGCGGCUGCGGAAAGCAAGCACGGAAAUAUCGACGAGGGAGCCACCCUGAUCGCGGAUAUGUUGCUUUCAGAUGAUGCGAGUGUGCUUCAGGGCCUGGUGAGAUAUCAGGGCCGCCAGGUUUCUGUGAACAAUCAGUGGAUGGAAGCUUAG